ACUAGCAGAGGAGCGUGGAGCUGGCAGCAAUGGGGCCAGGAGCUUUGGGAGACAGAGCCAGGACUGAGGCUGCUCCAUACCCACACCUGGACCCUGGAGCCAGCCUGCACGCCUACGACAUCACGGUCCUGGUCGUCUACUUUGUCUUUGUCAUCGCCGUGGGGAUCUGGUCAUCCAUCCGUGCAAGCCGGGGCACCGUGGGCGGCUACUUCCUGGCAGGGAAGUCCAUGAGCUGGUGGCCGAUUGGCGCAUCUCUGAUGUCCAGCAAUGUGGGCAGUGGCUUGUUCAUGGGCCUGGCUGGGACGGGAGCUGCCGGAGGCCUCGCUGUGGGUGGCUUCGAGUGGAACGCAACUUGGCUCCUUCUCGCCCUUGGGUGGAUCUUCGUCCCCGUUUACAUAGCAGCCGGUGUGGUCACCAUGCCACAGUACCUGCAGAAGAGAUUUGGGGGCCAGAGGAUCCAGGUGUACAUGUCUGUCUUGUCUCUCAUCCUCUAUAUCUUCACCAAGAUUUCAACUGACAUCUUUUCUGGAGCCCUCUUCAUCCAGAUGGCCCUGGGCUGGAACCUGUACGUCUCCACAGUGCUCCUGCUGGUGGUGACCGCCGUGUACACCAUCGCAGGGGGCCUGACAGCCGUGAUCUACACAGAUGCUCUGCAGACGGUGAUCAUGGUGGGGGGAGCCCUGGUCCUCAUGUUUCUGGGUUUCCAGGAGGUGGGCUGGUUCCCCGGCCUGGAGCAGCGGUACAGGCAGGCCAUCCCUAAUGUCACGGUCCCCAACACCACCUGUCACCUCCCCCGGCCCGACGCCUUCCACAUUCUCCGGGACCCCGUGAGCGGGGACAUCCCUUGGCCAGGCCUCAUCUUUGGUCUCACAGUGCUGGCCACCUGGUGCUGGUGUACGGACCAGGUCAUCGUGCAGAGGUCUCUCUCUGCCAAGAGUCUGUCCCACGCCAAGGGAGGCUCCGUGCUGGGGGGCUACCUCAAGAUCCUGCCCAUGUUCUUCAUCGUCAUGCCAGGCAUGAUCAGCCGGGCCCUGUACCCAGAUGAGGUGGCCUGUGUGGACCCUGACAUCUGCCAAAGGACCUGCGGGGCCCGUGUAGGAUGUUCCAACAUUGCCUACCCCAAGCUGAUCAUGACUCUCAUGCCCGUCGGUCUGCGAGGCCUGAUGAUCGCUGUGAUCAUGGCCGCCCUCAUGAGCUCCCUCACCUCCAUCUUCAACAGCAGCAGCACCCUGUUCACCAUUGACGUGUGGCAGCGCUUCCGCAGGAAGGCGACAGAGCAGGAGCUGAUGGUGGUGGGCAGAGUGUUUAUUGUGUUCCUGGUCAUCAUCAGCAUCCUCUGGAUCCCCAUCAUCCAAAGCUCCAAUAGCGGGCAGCUCUUCGACUACAUCCAGUCUAUUACCAGUUACCUGGCUCCGCCCAUCACCGCCCUCUUCCUGCUGGCCAUCUUCUGCACGAGGGUCACAGAGCCUGGGGCCUUCUGGGGCCUACUGUUUGGCCUGGCAGUGGGGCUGGUGCGCAUGAUCCUGGAGUUCUCAUACCCAGCCCCCGCCUGUGGGGAGGUGGAUCGCAGGCCGCCCGUGCUGAAAGACGUCCAUUACCUGUACUUUGCGCUCCUCCUCUGUGGGCUCACUGCUUUCGUCAUCAUCAUGGUCAGCCUCCUCACAACCCCCAUCCCUAAGGAAAAGCUUGCUCGCCUGACAUGGUGGACACGAAAUUGGCAUGGCUCUGAGCUGGAGAAGGAGGCCCCUGAGCAGACACCAGGGCUAUCAGAGGUGCCUUCUGGGGAGCCCCCUGUAGGAGGCACAGUGGCAGCAAACCCCAGCAGGGACCCUGAGCAGCCCAGAGCCCCACGCAGGUCCUGGAGGAAGCUGCUUUGGGGCUGGUUCUGUGGGCUCUCCGGGGCCCCAGAGCCAGCGCUGAGCCCAGCAGAGAAGGCCGCGCUCCAGCAGAAGCUGACCAGCAUCGAGGAGCGGCCGCUCUGGAGGACCGUGUGCAACCUCAACGCCGUCCUCCUGCUAGCCAUCAACGUCUUCCUCUGGGGCUAUUUCGCGUGACUCUGCAGACCCAGAUCAGCCGAGAGAGAGGCCACGUCCCUUGCUCCACCAGCCACGGAGACAGACUUUCCUCCCACCUGGCUGCUCAGACUGGAGACCCCAGAAGCUGAGCCUGCAGGAGCCCCCGGAGAGCAGCUAGUGCCGCCUCACACUGAGCGAGCGAAGAUGGAGAGGCCAGGAGCCAGCGCUGGGUUUGCUCGGUCCCAGCCGCAGCCUCACUGGGGCUCCUGACCCCAGCUCUCGUGCCAUUACAUCCCUACCUCGAACACAAGGGGACCGCC